GAUCGGCACCAAAUUUGGGAAAAAAGCUUACGAAAAAAGAGGCAAGAAAAUCCUUCCUCAAUUUCGUCGUGCGAGCAAAAUAUUUCAAAUUCAUUUAGUUCAAUGAAAAGUCAAGUUGCAGGUGCUGCGAUGGCUCAGAUUUCAUAGCGGUGGGCAAAUGUCCGCAUUCAAUUUGGGAACAAGUUUCGAAAAAGAGAGUCACAGAUCAGAGCCAACUUAGCCGAGUGAAGAUUUGCCGAAAAUAGAAACACUUCCCGAAUUAGACGCCCUCAUGCCCUUCGGAGUUGGAAUCUCGAAGGCCAAAGUUGCGGGAUGAAUUGUGAGGGAAUGAUGACGGUUGGGACCUUGUUCCGGCCGGGUCUAUUGUUAAGAAGUGCUAUUAGCAACAAUGGACUAAGUUCGAAGAAUGCCCGGCGAGAUGGAAGGGAAGUUUCAAGGGAGGUUCCGUCCCCUUGUAGGCAACAGCACAAACCUGGAAGGGUCACAUGUCUCACUGUGAAGGUGACACGUGCCAUCCUUGUCUGGAGUCUCACUUGGAUCCUGUUCAUCACUUUGGUUGUCAGCUCUUUGCCUGUUUACCUGUUUCUUGUUUGGCAGUUUGUUCCCUCUGUUGUGAAGACCACACAACCGCUUUACUUUGACUACAGACUCCAGAGCCCAACGGCUACAGUGCUUCUCCUUCCACCAGAUAAGCUUGGCGCCAGUCAGGUGGCAAACUCUCCAACCCAUGGUCCAAGGUUUAUUCCGGCGGGUCAAAAGGUGAACGUAUGGGUCAACCUCAAGUUGCCAGACUCCUACACCAAUCGUGGGAUUGGUGUAUUCCAGGUCACUGUUGAGCUAUUGUCUUCGAACGACAAUGCUCUUGCGCGAUCAACCCAGCCGUGCAUCAUGCCAUUCCAGUCGCUACCAGUCCGGCUUGUGAGAGGGGCUCUGCUUAUCAUGCCUCUUAUCUGGGGGCUCGUCGAUGAUGAUCAGGAAAUAAAACUUCAUGUGAUAAGGGGGUACGUAGAACGCAAGGUUCCCGUCACCGUAAUUCGUGUGAUGUUGGACGCAAGGGCAGGAAUGCCGCUGAAAUCGGGCUUGCCGGAAGUGUAUGCAGCGGAUGUGAUCGUUGAUACGACUCCUCGCGGAUUCCUUGCCUUUGUUCAUCGCUGGAGGAUAACGAGCUUUGUGUGGGGAGCUUUUGGCCUUCUAUUCAUAGAGAUUAUUGUGCUGCUGCACUGCUGUAGAUGGGUUGUCCCAAAGAUACGGUCGAAACAUACAGCAACGGAGCAAUCUACAGCUCCUACCGCUCGAGUGGUUGCAGAAUCUCAGCAGCGGCCAUCAUCGACGCAAAGUAUGUAUGAGAGGUUGAGCUCUGACAGUGAAGAGUCAAGCGAAGAGGAUGUGCUGGGACAAGAGGACAGUUCUCAGUCCGAGUUGGAAUAUGACGGUGAGCUCGCAAAUUUUUUGUUGCUGGAACGUCAACUGCUUCACAGUAGAUACAGCGGGGAGAGAGAGCAGACGCAUCCACGUCAAGACACAAGUUUAGACGACAGAGUGGAAGUCGGGCUAAAUGACCACGAGGAGGAGGGUACUGGAGAGGGGGUGGGUGAUGAUGAUGAUGACAAUGCAGAGGAGGAAGAGGAGGACGAGGUUGCUCUCGAAGGCAAAAGAUGGAUGAAGAUGAGGCGAAGCUCUUCUCUGAGGAGGACAGAGCCAUGGGUGACGGGUCUGACGACUGCCAGCAAAAAAAACAGCGUUGCCGCUACGAAUGAUCUUUCUGAUGAUGGGUGCGAAACCCAGCAGGUCAUAUUUUAUCAGUUCCCUGAUGACCGCCAGAUGAUGGAUAAUGCACUAGGCUGCUUGUCCCAGGGAAUCCCCCCGGGGGUUACUGAAGGAGCAGGCAAUGACUCCUGUACGGUCCUGAGUGGGUCUGAGGCAAGUCAUUCCGGUGGAUCAGAUCCUUAUGGUAUCGGCGCAAGAGCCGACCCUUCAGCGCUAGACAAAGGGAAAGGAGUCGCCUCAAAUGGGACCGUUAACAUUCAACAUAUGGAUGAGGAGUGAACGUACCAUCUGUGUGAGGAGGAGGAGGUUGCAUGCCGCGAUGAGAACAGACAAGU